GCUGAAUAAUCAGACGGAUAUAUGUAUAACUAGCCUGGAAGGAGACAGACUUUUAGUUACAGUUGUCUAAUACUCAUAUUGUGAAUCAAAGUAUUUUGACGGAAUGCUUAUAGAAAACGUUGAAGCUCUAAAAAUAUGGCUGACAAAGACUCUUUCCCCAAUAAGUGAUGCAGAUCCUGCCUCUCUUGCCAAAUAUGUUUUGGCCUUAGUUAAAAAAGACAAAGUAGACAGAGACCUAAGGGAAGUCUGCAUUGAUCAGCUGGAAGUUUUUCUUCAAGGAAAAACUAAAGAUUUUGUGGAUGCAUUGUUUGAGGCAUUGACAUCAAAAGAAUACUUGAAACAUGCGCCUGAUUCCUCGACCAAGACACCAGCUGUCGAUGACACCAAGUCAGACGUGUCCCUCCCGAGUAAAUCUGACAGCAGGAAGGAUUCAGGAGAUUCUAAGAAGACUAAAAUCACUAUUGAGAAGGGCAGAGAAGUGAAGAGAGAAGACAGAAGACAUGGAUCAAGGAGUCUCAGUCCCAGAGAGAGACGCAGGGAUAUUGAUGACAGAAAGAGAAGACAUGAUGAUAGAAGGCUGUCUGAUGAGAGAAGAAGUUACAGAAGAAGAUCACGUUCAUACAGUCCAAGAAGUCCUCGAAGGACACGGGGAAGGUCCAGAAGUCCCCGUGACAGAGGACGGUCAAGGUCAUGGAGUAGGUCAAGGUCAAGAUCCAGAUCAAGACCUAGGUCAUGGAGUAAAUCUAGGUCAAGAUCACGAUCAAGAGAAAGAAGAGUAUACAACAAACAGCAGCCUGAUAGUCGAGGUUCUACACCUACCCUUGAUAAUGGGAAGUAUGACACGACCUCUACCAUUCCUACAGUAGGAAGUGCUGUAUACUCUGUCCCCAGAGUAGAAGGAGGGUACCCCUCAGAGUCCCAUUCCCAGGGACUGCCAGCUGUACCUGCCCCCUCAAGACAGAGAUGUAAAGACUAUGAUGAAAAGGGAUUUUGUAUGAGAGGUGACCUAUGCCCGUUUGAUCAUGGCCUGGAUCCAGUCAUUGUAGAAGAUGUCAGCAUUCCUCCUCCGCCGUAUGUCCCAGGACCUCCGGUAAUUCCUUCUAAUGGUGCUCCAAGAAUGCCAGGGCCAGGAUUUGUAAAUAGACCACCACCCCCAACUCUUGGAGGCCCCCUACCUAUGCCUCCACGUCCAGAUCACUUUGAGUACAACCCUGAGGCUCCUGGGAUGACCGGUCCUCCUAGACAAUCAUUCUGGCAUGGACCACCCCCACCCCGACCCCAGGGAGCUCAACCAGCUGCCAAUUUCCCUCCUUUUCCUCCCCCACAGAACCCUUCUGUUCAAGUCAGAAAUAGAGAGCAUCUCAUUAAUAUAACAGUGAAUGAUGACAGUGAGGAGAAUGCUAUUGUACCUCCUGGUACAGAAUCAACUGAACCAGGACCAGAGAACACAUUGAUUGACUCCAGGACAGAGGGAAAGCCUGGGAGGACAGUCAUUCCCCCAAAGCGACCCUAUAAUAGUGGUCCAGGUCAAGUCCAUCGAGGUUACCUAAACCCCUACCAUCAGAAUAACUACAGACCCUCCGCUCCCAAGAAACCAUUUGAUUUCAGCAGAGUAGGAGGAUACAGAAAGCCUGACACUGAUGCCCUAAGUCUGGAAGUUAGAAAAAUUCCUAAGGAAUUCAACAACAUUGCAGCAAUAAAUCAGCAUUUCUGUAAAUUUGGGAACCUAACAAACAUACAGGUUAAUUUUGAGAAUGACCCUGAAGCAGCCCUGGUGACAUUUUCCACCAAUCAGGAGGCUCUAGCCUGCUACAGAAGCACAGAACCUCUCUUCAACAACAGAUUUGUCAAAGUCUUCUGGCAUAAAAAUAAAGAGAACACUCAAGAGAAAAUAGAUAUAUCUGGUGAUCAGGUUCCUGAUCAAAGAUCUAUUAAGGAAAGACUAGGUCCACCCAUUAUCCCUCAUCCUAGUAAACUUUCCCUUAACAACACCAAACCUAAAACAACAGAGCAGUCUGCCCCACCAGCUCCUCCAUCCAAGGAGAAGACUGUGAUAUACACUUCUUCUGUUGGUAACAUAACAAAGACUGUCUACAACCCAGAGGUCAUUAAAGCUAAAGCUGCUAUCACAAGUCCUACAGCUGUGGGGUCAGCGUCCUUUGUCUCCAAAAUCGAGGCCAUUAAAAGACAGGAGGAGAAAAAGAAGGAAAUGAUGAAAAAGAAGGCGGAGCUUCAGAAACAGAAGCAUGAGCUGUUGGUAAAGCAGGUGGAGCAACAGAAGAUGCUUAUUUCUAAAUUAGAGAAAACAAAAAAUGCUGAGGAAAAAGCAGAAAUUAUGAAGACAAUUGACAUGUUAUCAAAAUCUGUGGAGAAAAUUAAGUCAGAGUUAACGGCUAACAAACCAAAAGGUGUGGCCAAGAAUGUGACGACACCCGAAGAGGCUAGAAAGGAGAUUCUGGAUACUGAGCUGGAGUUGUUUAACAAGGAGCAUUCAGGAGAGGACACAACUGCCCUAAAACAGAAACUGUCUGAACUCACUAAACAGGCUGCAGCCAUGGGGUUGCUUGGUAGAGGGAGAGGGCGGGGACGUGCAGCACCCCGACCCCGGGGAGCCAACACCUGGGUAGCAGCUGGGUUACAAGGCCGGGGUAAACCCACACACCACAUUCCCACACAGGGAAGCAGGAAGUUAGAUAAACGACCCAAACAGCUGGAGGUGACGGGAUUCAACUGGGAGGAACGAGAACAGCUCAACCAACACUUCUCUAAGUUUUGUCAUGUGGAGAAAAUAGAUUUUGAGGAAGAAGAUAAGAGUGCUGUUGUUACAUUUCACACCAGAGCAGAAGCAGAAAAGGCACUGCUGCAUUGUGUUAUGUACAUGGGCAAAAAUCUGAUCAUGAAUUGGCACACAGGAGCAAAGAUAAAGCCUGGACAAUUUGCUGAUAAUAACUAUCAGGACGAGGAAACUGCAGAGGUUGAAGGGGAGGGCCAUGUUGAGGAUGAUUUAGAUGAGGAAGCUCUUCUGGCGGGAGAUGAGGAUGAGGAGGAAGAUGAGGAGAGUCGGUCAUGGAGGAGGUGACGAUGAUGGAAUAUCAUCUUAAUCGGAAUUACAUCUAAAGCACUGUUGUGUCAUGUUACAUUCAGCUACAUUAAUGCCAUCUGUUAACAUUUUAUCAUGUUUAAUUGAUAUCUAGUCAUUAACGAGCCUAUUUUAAAAUGGUCUGUUCUCCAAUCAGUUUGUCAAUGUAUCCAUUAAGUUCAGCUGCUGUAAGAAUUAUUUGUAUGAUGGUCAAUACUGUGAAGCCACACAGACAUUUUAUGCUUAUGAAUAUUUUUACUUAUUCUGAUUUUUGUUCAUAUUAAAGAUUAGUUUUUGUCAUUUAAUAAUGUAUUACAUAUAUAGGUACAUGAAUUAAUAACUCUUGUGUACAUUAUUUUGAUUUGAUGAGAUUUACAGUAGUUUGUGCAUUGUAUCUGAGGGAAAUGUAAAAAAUAUGUAAACAUAUUUUUAAUUAAGGAAUUUUAAUGUAAAAUUGAUUUUAAUGUUUGACAAAAGUGUGAGAUCUAUUGUGAAGAAAUUGUACAUCAAAAGAAAUGAACAGAAAAAAAAAUCAGUACAGAAGAAAAAAAAAUGAGAAAAAAAGACAAGAAAAAAAUGUUAAGAAAUAUGAUGCAAUGUUACAAAAUAUUGAGAAUAAAUCGAAACAAAAGAUGUGGUUAAAAACCACCACAAAA